AUGACAGAGCUGGGGACGAGGAAAAAAGACAAGGAGAAAGAUCCGACUAGGAAGGAUAAGAAGGGAAAGGCCAAGGCGCAAACAGAUUUCAUUGACUUGAGUUGUUCACCGACUUCUAAAUCUUCCAAGGCACAGUCUGGCCCGCCCCCAAAUGCCCCCGGCGGCCCGUCGCUGCUCUCAGCAAACACACCAUCAGGGGAUCAUUCGAAAGCAUGGAGAAAAACAUUCACUCAUAACCCUCAAGCUCUUCCAAUGUUCUCCAGUAAUAACCCAAUAGACCCUCCCCGUGCAGGAGCCAACGCCAGCCCUGAAUCCUUGUACUCUCGAUCAAGCGGCGACACCGAGAGAACAUCACACGAAGUGAAGAUCAAGAUAUUAGAGAUGUGCAUAUCUCUGAAGAACAAAUAUCUUGAUAUACCGCCUGCCGCACAGGCAGAUCAAGAACCCUUUUGGGGUCGGGUGAUGGAGAUGCUGAAUCUGAUGCCACUUACAAAAGGAAAGUACAAGGAGUCCAAAGACGUGCACCGAGCUGUCGAGUAUUGGUGCCAACCUCGUCGAUCUUAUAUGCGGGAGAACCGACUGCCCGCCGUAUCACAGUCACAACCCGAACUCGAUACACUAAUAGACCAGUGGAACUUGGUAUUCGCACAACGGUUUUGCAAAAUACACAGUGGAUACUUUGCAAACACGCAGUUUGCUCAAGAUACCAUGAAGCAGAUUGUCAAAGAUGAGGUGGAUAGUUGGAUAACCAGAAGUUUGAAGGAGCGGCGCAACGAGCUGGAGAGAACUUCACAGCCUACUUUGCUCUCGGCUGAUAGCUCAUUGAAGGACUAUGGCAAUGCUGUCAAGGGGUUGCAGAACAAGUUCGAGAUGAUUAAAAGAGACAAAAGCCAAGCUCUUGAGUCGGAAGCUGUUAUGUCAAUUGUCUUGAAGCUCCAGCCAAGUCUGCGCACCGCAAUUUCGCAGUUCUUGAACGGUCCGACUGAGCCCACAAGACGUACUGAGCCUGCAAUAGGUACACUAGAGCAUGUUGGCUUCACUCCUUGUUCGAAUGGGGCUUCUGUUCCAGCAACUACUGUACAGCGUCUGGAGAAACCCGAGUCUCAACGGAGAGAAGACGACCCUCUCAGAAAGAGGAAGCACCUGGAGACUGAAAGCUCCGGUCUCAAGGGAGGAAACACAGCAAACACUGUGCCGUAUGACCAGUCAAAGAGACCACGUCUUGACAACCACCACAACCUGCCUCCAGUGGCAGAUACAACUAGACAAAAAGAUACCCGAGUUGCACGCUCGCCACCUUUUCGGCGACCCCCUCUACCGUCACAGUCACCCACUUGGAAGCGCAACGGUCCCCCUGAUUAUCGCAAUGAUGGUUACCGCAGCUCAGGAGGACAUCCACCUCAUCGGUACGAAGAUCAUUAUCGUGGCGAUCGUAAUCAAGAUUAUUAUCGAGGUCGAUAUCAAGACGGUGAUAGGUAUCGCCCACCUCCUAGAGCAAUACGCGAGACUACGGCCGAUUUCGAAGGAAUGUCCAUCCAACAACAGAACAUGUCCCUGCUUCGGCAAAUAAAACAGGUCAAAGACAUGGUGGAGAAGAAGAAUUGA